AAGAACCGCGAGUUUUAUCUGUCCUUCACAACUAAAUAAAUAGUUUUUCGAAUAAUUUUCCCUCAACCACACGAUAAAUGGAUACGGAUUAAUUUAGGAGCUAAUAAUAACAAAGCUUGUUUGCAUUUAUUACUUAAAUGUUUGUAACAUGAAUACCGACCGGCAGUGAUAAUCAAGUGUAAUUACCCGCGGACCAGAUGACCUUCUAAGAUAUUUCUACUAUGUAAUAAUAUCAAUAGACGUUGUAUAUACCUAUGUACGUAGGAGGGAAAUGUGAAGUUCAAUAUUAAACAUUGUUACGCCCAAUGUAUCUGUAAUCGAGCUUGUUAUAAACCUACCUAUGUUUGUAUUGUAAAUAAAGUAGUACAAACUUGAAAGUAUAAUUUUUAUUGAUUCAGCCUUUUAGGGCUUCAAAAAUAUUCCGAUAAAUUUCAAUAAGGCCCUGGAGCGUUGCUUUUUAUUAAAAAGGUUGUAUUAAUAUUAACAUGGCAGAGUAAUGAAGACAUAACUUUUUUUAGAACAAAACGACUCGUUAACAUUUUGCUCAAUCAAUACUUGGCUGAUACCUUUCUAGGUGCAUCGCCAGCCUUGUGUUUACGAUGAUUAACAAAAAAAAAGAGAUGGAAAGAAAGCAGUCUGUGAGUAUAAAACGGGACGACUUUAAAAUCGGGACAUCAGAUUCACCAUAUCCGCUGAAGUGGCUACAUCUAGAAACUCUCGAAAAUGGUUGUAAAGUUCGCCCUCCUCCUCGCCGUGGCCUCCGUGGCUCUCGCGACUGACAUCACCAGUUUCAACUACCACGUGGCCGACCCCUACACCGGUGACUUCAAGAGCCAAUCAGAGAGCCGAGUCGAUGGCAACGUCAAUGGCCAGUACUCACUCCUAGAGUCCGAUGGGACCAAGCGCACCGUGGACUACAACGCUGGCUCCCAAGGGUUCAAUGCCAUUGUCAGGAAGGAACCAGCUUACUUCGCCGCUCCAGUGAAACCAGGCUACGCGACUUACCCGGCUUACCCCUACAGUUACCCCGCGGCCUACAGUUACCCUGCGAGCUACUACUCCGCUUAUCCCUAUGCGUACUCUCCGUACUACGCCAGCAGAUUCUACGGAUACGCUCCGUUCGCCUUCCGUAAAUGAUUUGAAUUGUGAUGAUAAUUA